UUCAGCUCAGGUACACGAUGGGAGGCGUCCAAGAAAAAGAAGAAAAGAUAACAACGGUUUGUCCAGCAACCGCUUUCGACAGUUGGUUUCUCAGCAAGGAUGUUUUCGGAGAGGUGUGGCAGCUGUGGCGGGUAUGGGAAAGGUGUCUGGUUUUACAUGGACAGGGACCGAGAAACAAUUGCACAGCCGAGUGCGUCUGCUGCGAUCCCGAACUGGCUGUACGCAAACCAAUCGCACGGAAUAAGCGACUCUGGGGAAGUCAGAAUGCUGUGCGAGUGUCGCGGGUUGUGUCUCGAGCUAGAGGGUGGCUGUUUUUGGUGGCCUUUGUCAGGAACGAAAAGUGUUUGGGCUUCUGCCAUGGAUGUCUGGAAAGACGAAGGCCAAGGUUUGUUUGCAUCGAGAGAAAGGGAGGGCUGGUGUUACUGGAGCGCAAUUGAUGAGGGGAAUUGGCUACACUGCUCACCCUGGCCUCCGAGGGUUCUCAAGGGUCACUGUUCGGGCUCGGUGGCCUAUCAAGGGUGACCCUCGUCCCAGAGUCUGGCCUGGGCCUCAGCAGGUGCUGCACUCUGAUGAAAGAAGACAGCCAGGGAUGUGCGGGAAGCGCACAGAUGAAGCGAGGAUCAAGGCAGAUUGUAGCCAAGGCCAAUGCCUGACAGAUGGCAUUGCCGUCUUUGUGCAUCUGCAGCCUGCCAAACGAGCUCUAACCAGGUCAGAGGGAUGGCACGCGCCUUCCAUCGACCUACCGAAUCUACGUCAGAAGCUUAAAACCCUCGCGAUCUCCAAUCUCAAUUCUAUGGGAGUGAUAAUACGCAGUAAAUUAUGGGGGGGUCGCGAGACCAUGGACUGUAGCAGCACAUUGCAGCCAUCGUGGCUCUGUGGCUCAAGAGCGGUGAGACAGGCCAAGACAGUCCAGAGCGGAGCAAAUCGGCAGCCGCUACCAUACUCUGAUUCCUGCUGUAACAUUGCUCGGUCGACUUUCUCUGGCGCCUCUUUUCAGGCCUCAUCUCGGCGUCUCUCUUUUUAUUGCGGUUGCAUUGCAAUUGUACGCCUCUCCAAGCAAUAACGUUAUGGCCUCCAUUGCAACAAUUCAUCUCAUUUAAAGUCUGAAAUCCCCCCUUUCACUCGCCAGCCACUGAAGUUGCCUCAUGGCGCGGGUACCUUGCAGCACCAUCAGCGUUGGCCAAUGGCUGCUCGAUGCCUUCUGCGCCUAAAAUGGAGAAAUAACGAUGGCAAACCGGACACCCACCGAGCAAAUCCGCCCCGACCGGU